AUGAGAGGUCCAAUGGACUUGUUUGUUAGAAAACCUAAAACUGCCAUUGCAAGAAACAAAAGAGAGAAAUUGAGGCAGCAGAACAUCAAGGAAGUAUGUAAUAAGGAAGCAGUUCGUAGAGUUCAUCGAUACAUAGCACAGUGGUUCUACCAAGCUGGGAUUCCAUUGAACCCGGUAAAGUUGAAGAGUUUUCAAGAAAUGUUGUGGGCUGUUGGAAGCUUUGGUCCCAAUUUACCUACUCCCAGUUAUCAUGCUCUAAGGGUUCCACUGCUUAAUGAGGAGUUGGAUUACACCAAAGGAUUGUUGAAGGGUCAUAAAGAGAAAUGGGAAAAGUAUGGUUGCUCUAUUAUGUCAGAUGCUUGGACGGAUAAAAGGCAAAGGAGCAAUAUUAAUUUUCUUGUAAACUCUCGAGCUGGAACAAUGUUUUUGAAGUCUAUUGAUGCUUCUGAUUAUGUGAAGACUGGUGAGAAAUUAUUUGAGCUUCUUGAUGAUGUUGUCGAGGAAAUUGGUGAGCACAACGUUGUUCAAGUUGUAACUGAUAAUGGGAGUAAUUAUGUUCUUGCUGGUAAGUUGCUGAUGGAGAAAAGGCCAAAUUUGUUUUGGACUCCUUGUGCUGCCCACUGUUUGGAUUUGAUGCUUGAGGACAUUGGGAAGUUACCAUUAAUUCAAAAAACCAUAAAAAGGGCCAUUUCAUUGGUUAGCUUCAUUUAUAGUCACUCUAGCACGUUAGCUAUGUUGAGAAGCUUCACAAAUGGCAAGGAGUUGGUAAGGCAUGCAGUCACCCGAUUUGCCACUUCAUUUCUCUCUUUGGAAAGGCUUUAUGAGGAGAAAGGAAAUUUGAGAAGAAUGUUCACCUCAGAUGAAUGGGCAAAGAAUAAGUUGUCAAAGGAGGCAAAGAAUAAGUUGUCAAAGGAGACAACAAAGAUUGUUAUCAUGCCCUCUUUUUGGAAUCAUGUCAAGUACACCCUUAAGAUUUUGGGCCCUCUUGUUCGGGUGCUUAGACUUGUUGAUGGAGAGAAGAAGCCACCAAUGGGAUAUAUUUAUGAAGCAAUGGAGAAGGCAAAGGAAUGCAUCAUGAAAACAUUUCUUAAUGAUGAGAGCAAGUAUAAUGAUGUUUUUAAAAUCAUUGACAACAGAUGGAAUUGCCAACUUCAUCGUCCAUUGCAUGCAACCGGUCAUUUUCUAAAUCCCGAGUUGUUUUAUGACAACCCUCGGAUUGAACUGGAUUUAGAAGUUACAAAGGGAUGGUUUGAGUGUAUCACUAGAUUGGUGCCAAGUCAAGCUGUGCAACAGAAGAUAUUGGAGGAGCAAGCACUAUACAAGGCCGGCUAUGGACUUUUUGGAUCAGAUUUUGCAAAAUCUCAAAGGAAAAAGAUUUUACCCGCAUUUUGGUGGCGGACAUAUGGGCAUGAAGCUCCAAACAUGCGAGACCUUGCUAUCAAGAUCUUGAGCUUGACUUGUAGUGCUUCUGGAUGUAAGCGCAAUUGGAUGGGAGAAAUUGGGACUGCCACCUUUCGAGAUGAUAGUGUGGAUGAUGAUGCUGAUUUCGUUCAUCAAGAUGAUAACACUUUAAGUUGGAACCUUCUUUUUGAAGCAAUGGAAGGACAUGAUCCUAUAACAAAUACUAGAAGACAACAAAAAAAAAAAAGAAAAGAACCUGCAACUGCAAGAGGUGGUGCAAGGGGUGGACCAAGUGGGUCUAAGGCUUCAAAAAAAGGAAAAGAAAAGGCAGUAAUUGUGGAAGAGGAAGAACCAAAAUUUGAAGAUGAAGAGGAUUCUGAAAAUGAAGAAGAACAAGAAGAGGAGAUUCAAUUCAAUGAUACCGAAUCAGAGGAUGAUGAGGGAGCAGAGGGACAUGAUAAUAAUCGUGUUAAUUUGGAUGACUUUGAUGAGAGCUAG